GCCUAAAACAUUUAUUUAUUUUCGUUUAAGGAUUUAUAUAUUCACCCUAGGCUAAAUUCAACUUUUUUUUAAAAAAAAAGGAGAAAAGACGUGGGGCCUAUCUUUUCUUAAUGUAACUCAUUGUCUUGUUGGGCAUUUAACAAUAAAAAGUGCUUUAAAAGAUCAACAUGCACCAACAAACAUGUUAUAAUAAUAACCCAACAACAAGAACUGAAUUUAUGAUUUGUAACUCCUGGCUGUUUAAACUGGAUGAAACGCUUUAUAAUUUUUUUCCACAAACUUGAUUUUGAUUUGUGUCCAGUUAUGCGCACAGACUCACAUUUACAGUAAGCAUAACGCAACGCUUUCAUUCAAAGCAACUCACAAAGUCUUAACAGCUGUUUAGAGAAAUAAAAGCUUGAAGAGAGACAGAUGAAAUAUAGGAGAGUUUUUAAUAAAAAUGUGAGAAUUGAAUGUGAUCGGAUUGAAGGUGAAGAGAAAUAUUGCGUGCCCUUUUGUGAGAGUACCAGGCAUUUCAUGCUCUGAAUACCGCAGUGUUUUGGAUCAGAUGUAAACGUGUAGGCUACAGUCAGAGAGUGGACUCACCUUAAACAUGAUUUUUCAAAAUGUUGUUCGUUGCUUUGCACCAAUCACAAAGACAAUUUAACCAAUUUGAGUCAAUGACAACAUUAAAAAUGAUGGAGUAGACGAGCGUCGAUUCCUGUCUUGGAGUAGAUUCCGACUUUAGGGACAUUAAGGGCGUUUUCACACAUAAGGGUUCGUUUCGGAACCUGGUGCGUUUUCUCUCUUGGUUCGAUUCGUUUAGGCAUAUGUGAACACGGCAAUCGCGCUAUGAUCCGCCCCAAAACAAUCACUCCGAGACCGCCUGAACAAGGUGGUCUCGACCCGAUUGCAAACGAACUCUGGAGCGGUUCGGUAGACGUGUGAAAGCCAUCCGACCCAACGGACCAGACUGUAUCACAAUGUAUGAUGGGUAAUUAUGUAAAGUUGCGUGACGCAAAAGGGAUUGUUUUGCUAAUGGCUCCCUGUAACAAUGUUCAAAGUAAGGAAGGAAGGAGGCGGAAACCGGCGAACGUUAAACCAAACUUUUAAUAAAAUAAACAAACAACAAAACGAAAGUAAAGUGCUGACAGCUCCCACAGUAAACUGCCGGCCACACAAACACAAUAAAACAUAACAUAAAAUCCAGGCCUGGUUCUCUCUCGUCCUUCUCCUCCUCCUCCUCCUCUUAUGCUUCCCGAGCUCCGCCGUGAGAGACGCGCAACGCGCAGCUGACGUUCAUUAUCACUCGCGUUACCGACCGGAAAAUAAACAGAUGCACUCUGACCAAUCGAAGGAGAGUUUACUCGCACGUGACUUUUAUUAACAAAGUUUGGUCCGUUUGGAAAUAUUGCCUUGUGAAUGUGAACCGAACAAAAAUAAAUUUCAAUGUUGUAGCGAUUUAACCCCCGGUUUCGGAACAAAGCAAUCGAUACACAGGUGUGAAAACGCCCUAAGAGUCGAGGAAUCGACUCUUUUGGAGUCGACUCCCCAUCCCUACCACAGAGCCGCUUCAAGUCCAACACUCCCCAUAUCGAUAUUACCUUAUUGUCUAAUCCCGCAUCGCGUUGAAAAAGUAUAUCGAAUAUAUUUCCCAGCCCUACGUGCUACAUAAUGAACUAUUCAGAUAAUGGCACUUUGAUAUUUUAUCUGUAUUUUUUCACUAAAUUGUCGUUCUAAAAGAUCUUAUUGUUUGUUUAAUACAGUAGAGAUAAAGUGCAUUUAUUCAGUCUGGCCGCUCAUAGAUAAGACUGGAUUGUGGAUUUUGUGGGCGAUGGAUGAGGAGCAGAAAAAGAUGACCACUCACAAUGGAAGCGUCAGAGAGGUUGUGGAAGCCAAAAAGCAAGAUCAGCCAAAAGCAGCAGCUCUGCAAAAAAGUGUGGGUCUGUUAAGUGGCAUCUGUCUAAUAGUGGGAACGAUGAUCGGCUCAGGGAUCUUCAUUUCUCCUAAAUCAGUUCUUGAGGGAACUGGUGCAGUGGGUCCAAGUCUGUGUGUGUGGGCUGCAUGUGGUGUGCUGGCUACUCUGGGGGCCCUCUGCUACGCUGAGCUCGGCACAAUGAUCACUAAGUCCGGUGGUGAAUAUCCAUAUCUGAUGGAGGGUUUUGGGCCAGUGCUGGCAUAUUUGUACUCCUGGACCACAGUUAUUGUGUUAAAGCCUUCAGGUUUUGCCAUCAUUGCUUUGAGUUGUGCAAAGUACGCCUCCACACCAUUUUACCCAGGAUGCACCCCUCCUCAAGUCAUCACCAAAUGCCUGGCUGCUGCGUGUAUCUUAAUAAUAACUGUGGUGAACUGUCUGAGUGUGAAACUGGCGUUCAGAGUGCAGAACUUUUUCACAGCAGCUAAACUCUUGAUUAUUGUCAUCAUUGUGGUGUCAGGGAUUGUUCUGCUGGCUCAAGGAAAUACACAGAAUUUUAAAGAUUCAUUUACAGGAGCAUCAACAUCAUUUGGAGCAAUUGGUCUGGCUUUUUACAAUGGUCUUUGGGCUUAUGAUGGAUGGAAUCAGCUCAACUUCAUCACAGAAGAGCUAAAGAAUCCGUACAGGAACCUUCCUUUGGCAAUCAUUAUUGGAAUUCCCUUGGUUACUGUGUGCUAUAUACUUGUCAACAUUGCAUAUUUCACUGUCAUGACCCCUGUUGAACUUCUGCAGUCUCCUGCUGUUGCUGUGACUUUUGGUGACAGAGUGCUGUAUCCAUUAUCAUGGGUUGUGCCUUUAUUUGUGGUCUUCUCCACUUUUGGUGCAGCCAACGGGAGCUGUUUUACCGCAGGCAGGUUAACGUACGCAGCAGGACGGGAGGGUCACAUGGUUAGGAUCUUGUCAUACAUCAGUGUGAAACGCUUCACACCUGCGCCAGCUCUCAUGUUCAAUGGCAUCCUGUCAAUUAUCUACAUCAUCCCAGCAGACAUAAACACCCUCAUCAACUUUUUUAGUUUUGCUAAGUGGUUUUUCUAUGGCCUCACAUGUGCCGCACUCAUCGUUAUGAGAUUCACUAGAAAGGAGCUUCACAGACCUGUAAAGAUUCCUAUAAUCAUUCCGUUUGUGGUGGUGAUUGUGUCUUGUUAUCUGGUUCUUGCUCCCAUCAUAGACAAGCCUGAAAUUGAGUAUCUAUACUGCACGGUGUUUAUAGUGGGCGGUCUUCUUUUAUAUGUACCCCUCAUUCACUUCAAAUUCAACUGGACCCGUCGCAUCAUGAGGCCACUCACCCUGCACCUUCAGCUGCUACUGGAAGUCGUUCCACCUGAAAAGAUUAAGUAGAUUUCAUGUAUUUUGUAUAAUUCCUAAUGUCAAGGCCAUAUACUGUAUUUUGCAUAUAUUAACAUUUUUAUUUUAACCCUGUUAGGCAUGGUAGUCAUUACAAUGGACAGCUAUUCAAUAGUAUUUUUAUUGCAAAGGUUUCAUGUCAACCACUACAGUGGACACUCCAUAGACUUCCACCCAGUGGAUAAAAAUUGUAGCUGCAACCAAAAUUCCUGACCCUUGCCAGAAAAAAAGGGGCAUAAGGAAUAAUAUGAUUGUAAUUUCAGUUAUUGAUUUUAUGUAAGAACAAUGUGUGCAGUGUGUUGGACAUCUUGCAUCACCAGUCCCAUUGCUUUAGCAUUGUUGUUUUGAAUAUAAAUAGUUUCAAGUAACUUUUUUUGUUUCAAGCUUUUUUUGUAAACCACUUUAUCAUUGUGUGGCUUACAGGGUAUUUACUAUAAAGAUUGUGCAAAUUAGUUCUAUUGUGAGUAGCAGUUACCGCCUUUAUCAUUCUUUUGUUAAACACAAGUAGCCUACGCAAAAGCACAAGUGUUAUUUCUACCCUUAUGAGUAUUUCAUGGACUUAAGAGCAAAUUUAGUUUGUUGUGGAAAUGUAUUUUGAUAAGAUAUAGUAUUUAUAGUUCCACAAUACACAGUUUUUCUUAGACCAGAAGUGUUUUUAACGGCACAAAGUAUUAAAAAAACUUUUUUUUAACUUGACCGUUCAGACACAUGUAAAUAACAUGCAUAAAAAUACAUGUAAUAAGCUAAUUCUAUUUAAUGUCUGGAGAAUAAUAAAAAUCCUAACUCAUAAUUCAUGUAUUCCAGGGUUAAAGAAAAAUGCAGAACACUUCAGUCUCUAAAUGCAUUAUGUCCAGUUUAUAUAAACAGGAGCUGUAUGCAAAUGUUGUUGUAUGCAGUACAGACAAGCAAUUUUUAAACUGUUGAUUGACUGAGAUUUUGCUAGACAGAUGUCUUCAAUAGAGCUGUUAAUUAAUCCUGCUUGUACUGUCCCAGGUUGAGAAAGCGCUCCGGCUUGAAGUGAUUCGCGCAAACAAGCAGGUUUUGACUUAUGGUUUCUGAGGGAUUUCCACUAAAAAUAAAAUAAACCCACUACUCUCUUGUCUCCUCCAAGGUUGUGACUCUAAAUAAGGAUUUGUGUUCUUCUGUGCAGCCAAAGACAGUACACUGUUAAAAAAAAUGUAAUUUUACAGGUUCUGGGGAGCUAAUGCUUGUGAUAAUCUACAGCAGAUGAACAUGACAAUCCAGGUUCUGUGAACUACUGCUUUUGCUGAUCUACCGGAGAUGACCAUGACAACCCAGCAGAUAACUUCAGGAUUUUUAGAAGGCAUAUAAUGACAGUGAGCGGGACCAAAACUCUGACAAUCCAAGUCACCUACAGGCAGCAUAAGUAAUCUAUAUGACUCAAGUUGCUCAAAUAAUGUCUAGAUGUGUAACGAAUACCUUGCAUGUACAGAGCUAUGUUCUGAAUCUGAUAUACUCCGCUUGUAUUCCCACUGUUAGAUGAACAUUUAAAAAUAUAUAUAUGUUUGCAUUUCCCCAGAAUGUCUUUUUCUGUUUCAUUGAAGGUACAAAAUAAAGUACUGUUUUUUAAUAUUGCGUAUUUAUUUUUCAUGUAAAGAAUUUAACAGGAAAUUAUUGUAGGCCUGUGACCUGAGAGGUUCAUUAUAGAUUCAAAUAACUGCUAAUUACUUUUAAUUAACAGUAUUGUAGGUUUUAAAUGUAGCUACUUUUGGUGUAUUUUAAUAAUAUAUAUCUUUAUUAUAACUGGUA